AUGCUUCGCGCCAUUGUCAACAUGAGCCGAGGUGUAUCUGAAAUGCAGGGGCAUCUCGCUCGGGCAUUAUGGUUUCUCGGGAUCUCGGGGCGACAACUGGGUAACGCCGUUUCUGCUAAACAGCUCAAAGUUGAAGCUCUAAGUGAGCGCAAUGAGCUCAGUGAAAAUUUUGAUCUGUCUGAGGAUGAUCACUGCUUCGAGGGUUUGAUUAGAUGGAUGCUCUGGUAA